CUUCGAACUGUCCUAUCACAAAGCAAAUCUCUUAUUUAUUUUAUUAUUUAUUAUUAAUAUUAGUACAAAUAAAGUCAUAGUGUCCCCUUUUUUUAGAGUAACAAGUACACUGCCGAUAUGUACUUUUAACUAUUAUAUUAUAUAUUACUAAUAAAGUAAUAAUAUCGACUUAUUUUCUACUUCAUAGUAACAUUGAAAUGUUUAAUCCAGAUAUAAAUGAUUACCAGUUGACUUCCAUUAUAACUGAAUGCUGUGGAGGAGUGGCUGUUGUGUAUUCAGCAUUAUACAAACCCAGCAAUCAGAAUGUGGCGAUCAAAAGAUAUUUCGUGGACAAAACCAGAGAGAACGCCAACUUGAUACAACAAGACAUCCUCACGAGGAAAGCACUACAGCACCCCAACAUCCUUCCGUACCUGACAUCUUUUGUUCACGGCAGAGAGCUGUAUGUGGUAUCCCCACUGAUGACGUUCGGUUCAUGUCGUGAUAUCCUGGACAGAUACUACCAUGAGGGUCUACCAGAGCUCGCAUGUGCAAUUGUGUUAAGAGAUGUGCUGUUAGCACUGCAGUAUUUACACAAACAAUUGUAUAUUCACAGAAGCGUCCGCGCCAGCCACGUCCUAGUUGGUGCGAACGGCAGCGUCCGCCUGUCGGGGCUGCGCAGCGCGGCCAGCAUGAUGGUGCGCGGCCGCAGGCAGAAGCAGCUGCACAACCUGCCGCCGCCCGACCACGACAACGUCAACCUCGUGUGGCUCAGCCCUGAACUGCUCGAGCAGAACCUGAAGGGCUACGACGAGCGGUCGGACGUGUACUCGGUGGGCGUGCUGUGCUGCGAGCUGGCUAACGGCGCCGUGCCGUUCGCGGAGCUGCCCACCACGCUCAUGUUCACGGAGAAGCAGCGCGGCGCCCGGCCGCAGCUGCUCGACUGCACCACCUUCCCCGAGCCCUGCCUCCACGACGGGGACAUGAAGAGCAUAUACAACACGGACAGCGGCGUGGGCGACAGCGAGGCUCCCCGCGCGCGGCAGCUGUACGGCGCCAGGAAGUUCUCCGACACCUUCCACCACCUCAGCGACCUCGCGCUGCAGAGAGAUCCGGAGAAGCGGCCGACAGCAUCCCAGCUGCUGAAUCACAGCUUCUUCAAGCAAAUCCGAAAGACUGAUUACCUGCCCGGGCUGAUCUCCCGGAUCAAGCCCAUAAAACCUGACCCAAAUGACAUGUCAGCGAUGUUACUGCAACAGAAACUAUCUGAAAUGGACAUUGAGAAAACAACAGAAUGGGACUUCUAACUGGCUGCAUAUCGAUGCAAUAAAGAAUAUCAGCGCUCUACACGAGGUAGCAAACGAAUCUAUUUCUAGGUUUACGAUGUAGUUUAAUUAUAUCCCGCGGCUUCGUCCGUCGUAUCGUGACGUUGACGUACCUAUAUUAAUAUUAAGAAAUAAACUAAUUAAAUUCAACAAUAAUUUUUAAAAUCAGACUGUAGUUAUAGAAAUUAACGUGUUCGAACAAACACACGUAUAUAUAUAUAUGUAUAU